ACCUCUAAUUCCAAAAGUUACUGUUGUAUUGAUUUUGUGAUACCACGUGACUCUUCCGCACUGUCACUUGUGAAUUAAUUUUGGUUUUUGAAAAAAAAUGAAUUCAAAUAAAGUCACAAUUAAAUUAAAAAUCCGCAGAUACGAGACUGGACUCCCUGAAAUUACUGAAAAAAUAAUGGAAGUCAGUCCAGAUUUGGAAUACAAUGCUUUGAAGAAGGAAAUUCACGACAUUUGUGAGAUAGGGCCUGAGGAUAACAAAGUAAUCAAACUGCGACGUGAUGACGAGGUCCUGAUCCCUCUCUCAUUCUUGUUGGAAUCAAGUGAUCCUGACAAGUACUUUUUCAUUGACAUUUGCAAGAUUAAUUAUGCAAAUAAGGCAACAGCCAGCCUCCUCCAAGACGCAUACAUCGAUUCCGUGUGCCAAAAACUACGCAACAUGGAAUCACGCAUUGUCAAAGCUGAGUUGUUGUUGCCUCAGUUGGAGUGGAGGCGACAGGCGCAUAUGGAAGAAACCGUCGAUUCGUUGUCAAACAGGGUGUCUUUCUUGAACAGGAGGUUCGAUGAGCUGUUACCAGCACAGUGGAGGUCAAAAAUGCCGCAAACUAUGGCAUAAAUCAUUUUCUUCCAUUCUAAUCAAAGUGACCAAGUUGCAUUGCCAACUUAGUUUAUCAUAGGCCACUUGAUGUAACUGAUAGCCCACGUUUGUGCUAUUUUGUGUGAUUAAAUUUGGCUGUUCUUCCUGUUUCACUUCGAUACUAUUUACUAUUUCCAGAGUUAGUACAAAUUAUACUAUAGUUAGAAUCAAAGUUUACGUCAUUACGAAUAAAUAAACAGACUUACCUUUA